GGUUUUAGCUGUACUGUGGCGAAAGGUAGAGCUGUAGAAGAAGAUCCAGAUUCCUCACACUCCAGCAGAGGAAUAGCUUGACCCAAUUCUUGAAGGACGUUCAAAUUCUAAUCGUCCUCAUAGUCCGGUACACAGAUAUUCCGCUGUCCCCUUCUCCACGCAGUUCCGUAGACACAUUUCUGUUUUCGCACCGCAACGGAGUUCGGUACAGAGACACCCGACUCAUCCGAUAUCCUCGCUGAGUGGUACUAAAACCUCUUGCAGUCUACUAUUCGGAACCAGCGGCUGAUCGAAAGGAUUUUCCGUUUGAAAAGUGGGGGAACAGGACGCAAAUUGGCUGAAAAUGCGACCAGGUGCAUUGCAUUGUAAAUGCACAAAAUGUUUCUCACUGCACGUGAAACAGAAAAUUAAGAAACAUUCACCUGUCUUGACGCUGCUCAGUCUUCCUGAUGAUGUUCUGCUCUAUGUAUUGGAAUGCCUUCCUGCUCAAGAUAUUCUGCAUUUCAGAGCGGUGCACUCUCAUUUCCAAUCCCUCAUAGAUAGUCACUCGAGUGUUUGGGCCCAUGCAAACUUCCAGGAGAUGUGGCCAUCUCCAUUAAAUCGGUGGCUGUUUGAAAGAAAUGACCCUGAGCUUCUAGUUGCCUGCAAUUUCAACACACCACGGGCUGCAGAAAGUGGAAAUUUUGAGGCUGCAGUAAAGCUAGGAAUAGCCUACCUCUAUAACGAAGGACUUUCUGUUUCUGAUGAGGGUCGCGCUGAAGUGAAUGGACUGAAAGCCUCCUACUUCUUCAGUCUGGCUGAAAGUCUGAAUGUUGAUGCUAACCCCUUUAUUUGGUUGUUCAUCAGACCACCCUGGUCUCUGACUGGGAGUUGCUGUAAGGCAGUUGUCUAUGAUAGUUUAAAGAGCAAAUGUCAGUUGCAGUCGGCAAAGAAGGCAUCACUAACCUACUGUUUGGCCAAAGUUCUCAGUCUCUUUGAGGAUGAAGAGAAACAGAAACAAGCUGUAAUAAUGUUUGAAGAAUCUUCUAGUUAUGGAUGCUUAUCAAGUUCUUACCACUUAUGGGAGACAAACCAGAAAGAGACAGUGGCUGAUCCCGGUAGGCAUCUUCAAAACCUUCGAAAACUCAGGGAUUUUGCAACUAAAGGAUGCUGGGAAGCACAGGUAUCAUUAGCAAAAGCCUGUGGAAGUGCCAAUCUGUUGGGCAUAAAGUCUGUAGCUACAAGAGAGUUUGUUGCCCACGUUUUUAAGUCAUCCCAGCCUUCUUACAAACAGAAGAUGUUCAAAGUACAAAAGGGCAUGAAUGACACAAUGAGAUACAUUUUAAUCGAUUGGUUAGUAGAGGUGACCAGCAUGAAGGAUUUUUCCAGCCUGUGCCUGCAUGUCACGGUGGCAAACGUGGAUCGGUACUUGAUGCUUCGAUCUGUACCCAGGGGCCAACUACAGCUAUUGGGGAUUGCUUGUAUGGUUAUUUGCACAAGGUUUAUUAGUAAAGACAUCUUGACAAUUCGUGAAGCUGUUUGGCUUACAGACAACACUUACAAAUAUGAGGAUCUAGUACGAAUGAUGGGAGAGAUCAUUUCUGCACUUCGAGGAAAAAUUAAAAUACCCACCAUUCUAGAUUAUGCAGAAGUACUACUGGCAGUAGCUCCACUAGAAAGACGUACCAAACAUCUCUUUAACUACAUCUGUGAACUUUCAUUAUUGUAUAUAGACCUCUCUGUUUAUUCCCCUGCUAUGAUAGCAGCAGCUGCCAUACUACUAGCAAGAGUACUUCACAAACAAGUCCUCCCAUGGUCAAGUCAGCUGACUGAGUCCACUGGUUUUACGUUAGAGAAUCUAAUUCCAUGUGUAGUGGAUCUACAUAAGAAAUGUUUCCAUAAUGAAGCUCCCAGGGAUUACAGGCACGUGUCUCUCACUGCUGUAAAGCAACGAUUUGAAGAUGAGCGUUAUCAGCAAAUUAGCAAGGAAAAGGUGAUGGAUUACAGUGAACUAUGUACUCUACUAGGAAUUAAAGAGGAGAAGGAAUCUUCACCACUACCUUCUGAUAACACUAAUCCUGAGAUUCAGACUUUUUUGACAUCUCCUUCAGGCAAUAAAACAAAACGACGAAGAGAGGACAGUUUUCGAGAAGAUAGAGGCAACUUUGUGGCAACUCCAAUUGUUGAAUUAUCUAACCAUGAGGAUACACUUCUGGGAGAAUUCCUAGAUUGGAGUUUAGACUUGUCCUGCACUGCGUACGAUGGAGAUCAGGAAAGUGAGGGUGAGAAAAGUGCUGAUGUCAGUGGUGUCAAUGAAGUUGAGAAUAUGGCUGCUGUCAUUGGGAGUUACAAACACUGUUGUGAAGCUACAAGCGAAGACAGUGAAGAUGACCAGUUAAUGGAUGGUCAGUUCUUGCCAGGAUCGUGGAGACCUACAGCAAAAAAUGAAGCUUAUUUUAACACCAGUGAAUCUGCAGAAUUGUGUGCUUUCAGAGAGCCUCAGGGGGGGCUCAGCUCAGGAUACUCAUCCGUUAACAGUGAUAGCCCCCCACUAAUAAACACUAGACAAUCAUUACCUUCUACCUCAAGGCUGUCUCCCACAAUAGAAUUCAUAAAGCCAGUGCCUUCAUCUUGUAGUGCAGAAAACUUGUUUUUGACUCACAAAGCCAAGCCUUUUGGGAGGGAGCACAGGCCUCCUCAUAGGAGACCUAUCAAACGCAAGAACAGAGCCGAACAUGACAAAGAUGACUGGAAUUUAGGUUUUGUGAGUGUUUGAAUGAAAAUAGCCUUAAAGUUUGUGAACAAUUGUUGUUUAAAUUAGAAUGCAUUUGAUUUAGGUAAUAAAGCAAUAUCCAACCUGUACCACAUUGUAGGACCUAAUAGUUUUGACAGUGAUCUGGUUUUCAGAUUUGUAAAUGCUUUAAUUUUCAGUGAACAGAUAAAUUGGCUGCUCCUUUUUAACACCUUGAAGACAGCUAAAACCUGCACUGAACAAAGCCCAGUGUUGAUAUCUGCCCACUAAUACUGCCUUUUUAUCCCCAAGGCACUGAAAUUCUAUCAUAGCACUUUUUUGGUUUAAAACCCACUGCCUUUUACAGAAAUUGAGGCUGUUUGUCACCACUUGGCUUUUCAACACUAAGGUUAAAAAAUAUCAUUGUCUUGGAUAUUAGACCUUGUUUACAGUUUGACAAAGCCACUUGACUUUUUAUGAUUUACAUUUCUAACUGGAUUAAUUUAAAUAUUCCACAAUAUUGUAUCCAGGAUUAGAUGCAGAGGAAAUAGAUCUCUGUUCAUAGUGUUCAAUUUCUAUUUGAAAUGCUUAUUUUGUAAUACUGUUUUUUUUUAUUUUUGUUUGGACUGGGAGAAUCUCAGCAUCUAGUUGACAAACUAUGAAGUCACAGACGGGAAAUUUUACUUCACUAAAUGAAUCCUGCAUGAUUAAAUGGAAACCUCCUGUGCAUUUUUAUAUGCUGAAGCUAUUUAUAGAUUUGGCAGGUCAGUUACAAAAGAAUGAAUCACUGCUGAAAUUAAUAUACAGGCAAGCUGUGAAAACAAACUAUGAUGCAACAAGAUAUUUUGCAGGAAAAUCUUUCAGGGACUAUUUUUUUGAAAAAAAAAAAAUAGGGAUCUUGUAAUUUUCAACUUAAAAUUAAGACUUGAUGGGUAUUAGGCCCUAAAACUAGCAGGUACGUAAACUAAGUGUUUUUAAAAACUUGUGAUUAUGUUGACUUGUGUGCAUUUUUAUUUGAAAUGAAUUUCAUUUUGGUUUACAUUUUUUAAUUGUAAAUGAAAUUCAGUUUUUUUGUAAAAAGAAAUGACUGCUUUGUGAUCCAGAUAUUUUAAAAUGGAUGUGAAAAAUAUGUAUGGUCACUGAGUUUCAAGUUAUGAAAUCUGCAAUCUUGAAAUUUUGUCCAGUGAAACUGAUUGCAGUGUCAUGAAUGUUGAAUGUAUUCUGUUUUCUGUCAUUCAGAUAUGUAUUAUUGACAACUAUGCACCACCUCAGAUUUAAUGUUUCCCAUUUGUCUCAACUCUCAAAACUAUAGCAUAUUAAGAAUAUUAGCAUAUAUGCCAUUUAUGAAUUCUUCUCCAGACCCAAAAAGUCUGCUUUGAUCUAUUAAGAACUAUAAAUUUGGAAGUAUUUUGAUAUUCAGGAAACUGAAAAUGACAGGUAUUACUUACUUUCUAUGAACAUUUGUACAACCACACUUGCCUUACUCAUGAAGAAACAUUGAGUGUAUCUGUGUGAAUAUUUAAAUGUUUGCAGGCAUGUAACUUUGGAAAAAACCUAGCUUUGUAGUUGUCAAUUAAAUGUACAGUCUUUACUAUAUGCAGUGUCGUUGUAGUAAAGGUAAAUUGGUUAAAGUA